UAGAUUAUCAUUUAUAAUCAGGUUCAUUUGGUCCCUUGAAUUGAGCUUAAAUUUAGUUUCAAUUUAAUUCUUAUUUUAAUCAUGAACAGUUUCCUUUGUUUAUCAUUACUUUUUGCUGUCGCUUCAGCGGCCCCAAAGCCUCAACCAAUUUCAUGGGGCUAUUCAGUUCAAGACGAAGCUUUGAAACCCGUCUCAUGGUAUGAUGGUGGUGUUUCUUAUGUUUCUCCAACCGGAUAUGGACCAUCUUACUAUUCACCAUCAAUCCACCAUUCUGCUGAAGUUUCACCAAAGAAUUGGUACCUUUACAAAGGUCUUCAACAUUCAGCCCCAGUCGUUGCUCGAUCAGAUUCAUCUGAAUGGAAAGUUGACCCAACCUCAUGGUCAGAUGCUUCUUAUGUUCCUCAGCCAUGGUCAGCAGGAUACUAUUCAGCUGGUGCCCCAGUCGUAGCUAAAGUUGACAAGCAAGUCGUCGCCAAAAAAGUAGCAGCCCCAGUCAAGUUUGACCAAGUUCAACCCGUUGCCGAUUCAACCCCAAAACUCAUCUCAUACUCAUCUGAAAUUUCUCACGACGUUCCCGCCAAAAAAGAAGAAGUUCCAUCAGUUGUUCCCGGUACUCAAAACUUUGCUGCAGCUCCACAAGUAGCUCCAGUAAAGGUCGCUUCAGCUCCACUCCAAUACUCAGCUUGGGCUGGUGAGGCCAAGCCAGUUGCUGAAAUCAAACCCACUCCAUGGGCUUUAGACGCUAAACCAGCAUCAUGGGGAUCAGAAGUAAAACCCGCUUCAUGGGCAUCAGAAGUCAAGCCAAGUUCAUGGCAAUCGGAAGUUAAACCUGCAGGAUGGACCUCAGAAGUUAAGCCCGCUUCAUGGGCUUGGGCUGAACCUAAACCAGCUUCAUGGGCUGCCUGGGCUCCAGAAGCCAAACCUGCCUCAUGGUCAUCAUGGUCCGAACCUAAGCCUUGGUCAUCAUAUGUUUCACCCAUCCAACCUGCUUUCUAUGGCGCUUCAUGGGGUCAACCCGCUGUCUCAACCAAUGGUCAUCAUGCCCUUUCAGCUCCAUGGUCAUCAGCUUGGUCAAACGCUCAUCCAGUUUCAUGGACUGAGCCAAUCCAAAAGCGAUCUGAACGAAAACCAUUCUAAUUUAAUCGAUUAAUCAGUCUCAACAGUAUUUGCCCAAAACCGACAAAAAAACAAAAAAAAAUCAAAAUGAUUCUCAAUCUUCACCUUUUUAAAUUAACUCUGUAAAUUGUGAUUUUGACCUGGAUAAGGUUUGACAAUACAAAGGUCGAAUCAAUUGUUAACUUUUAUCUUCUAACAAAAGAUGAUAAUCCUUUUUCUCUCUCACUGUCUCAAGAAGCACAAACUUCAAACUCUUUUAUAACUAAAAAGCAACAAUAAAAACUAAUCGAUAAGAUUUAA